CGCAAUAGUAACAAUGUUAACAAUCACAAUCCGCUCGUUUUCCCGAAAUCCCCAUGAUUCUAUUAAUUAUCUGGAGAAGCGCCAAUUCGCGCAACACGUAAGGUUGCUAGUUUAUUAGUUUUACGUCCAAAAAAAACAACAUUUAUACGACAAAAAGAUCGAUUCCGGUGCGAAAAUGCAGCAGAUAAUCAGCAUGGAGGUGGGCAAGGGCCGCGUCGAGUCCUCCCGCUACAUCACCAAGAGGUUGUGCUGCAGUUUGCUGCUCACCGUGGCGUUUCUCUCGAUGAUCGGAGGUUUCUUUUUGGGGAAAUUCGUGUCCGACAGGACGAACUCGCAGUACCGGCAGGGCUACAGGGAGUUGACGGGCAAAGUGGACGCGUUGAACGUCAAUUUCGUCCAAUUGAGCGGCAACCGAUCGGGAAACUUGGCUGAAAACGCGAGUUUCUUCAGAUGCAAUUUUUCCACGAUCGGUCACAACGAUAGCGGAAAAUUAACGGCGACGAAUUAUUUGAGUAAACUCAAUCAUUGUUUUGAUAGUGGUGUUAAAUAGAUUAAGUUAGAUAGAAUUAUAAAAUUUGCACAAAAAUUUCGUUUUUUUAAAAUCUGUUAACGGGUAAGGUUAGUAAACUGCGAAAUACCGAG